GGGCGGUGAAUUCUUAAGUUAUUUUGAGCAUGCGAAGCAAAAAGAGAAGCACCGGAGCGCCGUCGCUGUCCAUUCAAAAUACUCUUCCUCUCCCUCUCCCGCCCCAACUUUGUUUUGAAGGUGAAACCCUAGCUCGUUUCCUCAAAUCGGUGCAGAGGGAGAUCGAAUCGGCGAGAAUCGUAGACGAAACUCUGCCUCUUAAGAUUUGGAUUAAGCAACAAUUUGCCGUGGGGGUAAAUGAAGUCACGCGAGGACUUGAGCGAAUGCCUCCUAAUCGUGGAGAUGAAAAAUCUGUGGAUGAUGGUGGUGAAGCCAGGUGUGGCUACUUUCAGGUGAUAUUGGUAGCGUCAGACUGCAAUCCUCGAACCUUGACAAAGCAUCUACCAGCAUUGGCCGCUUCAAGAAAUGUGCCACUUAUCUCUGUAAAAGAUAGAAAAGAAGGUUCUUUAAGAUUAGGCGAGCUGAUAAAGGUGAAAACAGCAAUCGCCAUUGGAGUAAAGGCUAAAGGAAAUGCUAUCAAUCAACUAAUAAAAGAAGCCCUAACUAACAACAAGAUCAAUAGCACUGAAGACGAAGCAUAAAGUUAGUUAGUUAGUGCCUUCCCUCAUCAGCUGAUGUUCUUCUCUAGCAUCUGAUGGCAGAGAGAUAGAGAAGGACGUGAUCAAAUUAAGAUAGAGAAGGACAACUAUUCUUGAUUGCGUUUGAAUUCCUCUACAGGGAAUCCUAGUAAUGGUAUUCAGUGUAUGUAACUAACUAAAACCAGUAGCAUGAUCUAUUUGAAUGUAAAGAUAGUUUAUGCUAAGAAAUUAGCUUUCUCGACAUGUAAUUUCAUUCAGAUUA